AUGGAGGAAGGCUCUUUAGCAGCAAAAGGGGCUUUGCGGCUGCUGGGGGCUUCUGGGGUGUACGUACACCCGGCGGCCCAAGUGAAGCUGGACAGCAACGAAGAAGCAGCAGCAGCAGGAGGAUUAGUUUGGUCAUUUUAUUUUCCUGCUGCUGCUUUGGGGGCCCUAGGAGAAGCAGCAACGCUGCAGAUCGACAUGAAGGCAGCAAACGGGGCCCCCUUCUCUUUCGAGUGGCUCGGCCGCCAGCAGCAGCAGCAGCAGCAGCAGCAGCAGCAGCAGCUGCAGCAGCAGCAGCUGCUGCUGCUGUUUGAAGGGGAUGCUGCUCAGGGUCAGAGACCCACACCCUGGAAAGGGGGGCCCCUGCCCCCACCGCUGCCACUCACGCAGCAGCAGCUGCUGCUGCAGCAGCAGCAGCAGCAGCACCUGCAGCAGCAACAGCAGCUGCAGCAAAUCGACACCGUGGGAUUCGUUAAACCAGAAAGGGAUGCUGUAAUUGAUCCUUAUAGGGCGCAACCGGAGCCAGGUUCUGUGCGGCCUCUGCCACAUCCAAGUGUGCAGCAGCAGGAGGAAGAGGAGGAGGAGCAGCAGCAGCAGCAGCUGCAGCCCCACAACCACUUCUCCGAAUACCCGCAGCAGCAGCAGCAGCAGCAGCAGCAGGAGCUGCCGCUGCAUGCACUGGAGCACGAUGUUGCUGUUGAAUGUCCUGAAGGAGAAACUUGGAAUGAAGAAGAGGAAAUGUGCAUGCAGCAAAAGUAA